AUGUCAGGUCGCACUGGUCGCCGCUCUCACGCUACGGAAGAAGAUCACCGCCAGCAAAUGCUGAGAAUGCUUGAUGAUCGAGACAUCGUCCGCCGCGCUGAGCUCGACAGGUUUUCACGCGUGCUCCGCAAUGAUGACGACGUGGAUGUCGACUCACCGUGCCCGAUUUUCGACACGUGGUACAAGGAAGGAGCUGACGCCGUAAGCCGCCUGACCAACUACACUCCUCGCGAACUCAACGUACUGUGGUCCAUAGUGCGGCUGCAUGUCACGCGCUACUGGAACGUCGGAAGAAGACGUCGCACUCAGUUUGCUGGAAAGGACGUUCUCUUCAUGACGUUAGCUGUGUUCAAGCGCGGAGGCACCUGGGAUAUGAAUGCGCACGUUUUCCGGAUCAAAGCCCCGACGUUUAUCAAGACGAUAACGUCGUUUUGCCGUGUACUUGCGCCGCGCGUUUACGAUGAGUGGAUGCGAGGAAAAGCGGUACAGACCAAUAUGCGGCGGCUGGUGACUUCCGGAAACACCUUUAGUCACUACCCGUGCGCGUUAUAUGCGACGGACGUCACUUUCCAACAGGCCAAUCGACCUGCUGGAAACACGACCGAAGUGAUGCCGUACUAUAGUGCUAAGCACAAACUGUACGGCCUCAAGGUAGAGGUGUCUGUAAACCCUAAAGGCUUCGCUAUCAACUGCAGCCAGCACGAGCGCGGCAACACGCCUGACAUUUCGAUCUUCCGGAACAACAUGGAGUUCCACUGGAGCAUGCGCGUGAAGUCGGAGACCGACAACCAAAUUCCGGACGAGGGCUCGAACCUCCCGCCCGAGGUUCAGCACCAAAAUGAAAACAUCUCUAGUGACCGAGUCCUCGUUGAUAACUUCUUUGGGAGGCUCUGCAGUCUGUGGCGCAUUGUUACGGACAAGUACCGCUCGAUCGAGGACUUGUACGACGAUAUUUUCCAAGUUUGUGAGAGUUUGACCAAUUUUCAGUCAAACCCACUGCGAGAUGCCAACGGUGAGGCCUACGCACAGCGGGAGAACAGACUACGUGCUAUUGGCAACACCAUUAAAACAAAACGACGUCUGUCGCAGGACAAGUACCGGAGCCGAAAGAGACUGCGCCACCGCAUGACGCUUGACGAUCUUCCAGGCCACGACGAUUUAAUCUGCGACUCAGAUGAUACGCAACUGCCGGGUUACUAA